CUGAUAUUCAGGUAAGCAUCCCUGCUCAAUGUCAGUCGCUCACCGCUCCUACAGAUAUUGGAACUUGAAGUUCAGCACUGUCGAUGUUUCAAACCUUAUGCUCUGAAAGCAGAUGUCCAUGGCUGAAGAGUGAGAAGAUCAUUUACACAAAUCAGGCACAUGACAACCAGAAAUGUCAGGAAUCAUAGGCGAAGCGUGUUAGGUUGCAUUAUCGCCCUGGCUUGGCCUCCGCUAAGUUCGGUUGCACCGCGACAUCGCCGCAACCUGACCCCAACUGUCAUUAAUAGUUUGCUCGGGUCUUUUAUUCAGACGCCCUCAUGAUAGAAAAGUGUUCACGACUGGAGAAGGAAUUAGGGUUGCUCCUUCCCCCCGUUCUUACCUCCCCAGCUAUUACAUCGCCAUGCGUAUCGAGUCGAAGCAUCUUGAGCUGGCCAGACUAGUAGCAUUUGGAACUGUAUCCUUGUUCUCAGUUAUCAUCCUGGCGUUGAGCGCACAUUGGAUCGCUACUACGGAGACGAAGUUCGUCAGUCCGUUCUAUGAUCCAUAUGCGGCGUUUGCACUUGCUGUAUCUUUGCUCUCUCUGUUGACCUUACCCGCAAUGUUGAUCAUUGAUCAUAUAAGAAAGGGUGCUUUCACCUCUAAAAUCAUCUUUGAGCUGUCCUGGAUCGGAACGCUCGCCAUUCUUUGGCUCGCAUCUGCGGCCGUAACGUCACAAGUCUACGCCAACUCGACACUUACAUGCUGGCGCAACUUUACUGUCAUCAUCGUUGGCUGCAGAGAAGCCCAAGCUAUUCAGGCGUUUGGACACCUAAACUGGCUCUUGCUAUUCUUCUACUCCGUAGGACUCGCCGUGCUCUCUCUGGUGUCUCAUAACAAUGGCAGAGACGUUUGGCAUUACAGUGUCAAGGAUGCCCAGUUUGCAACAAGCGUGACCUCUCCAGCGGGGACGCCUGGAGUUUACGAACCUAAGGACCCAAUGACUGGACCAUCGACACAGAACGUACCAGUUCCUCAGCAGACAUAUUAUCCCCAGACUGUCCCACAGAGUUCUCCGUACGUGGGGACGCCGAAUACCCUUCCCCCGCAGUCAUAUCCUCAACCAGCUUGAUGAAGGCGUAGAAUGGGGAUUGCAUGAUCAUGCACAUUGUAUGUGGACGUCUUGGGACAUUUUAUUCAGCUUCUCCUUGCGGUAUUCGAGGUGUUUCAGCUGGGGAUUUGUAGUCUUGUUAGCACGCAUCUUUGACUGAAUUAGGUAUUCGACCUAUAUAUUGGUUGCUCAUGCUUCGAUAUAUUCUAUAUACUGACACUCAAUACCUUCCGAUUUGCCUGUUGUUCGCAUGUAUAAUUUGGUUCCGCAUCGCACAAAGGUUUAUAUAUAUACAUCUCGUAUGGUACAAACAGGCGAGUAAAGGUACAACAAUACGAGUAUUCAAUGGUACACGAGUCAUACAAGGUAGUUCGGGUCAUCCAAAAGUCAUUCAAUCAUCACUAGGUGUCGUGCACGCGAUCGCAUAGUCAGCCUGCCUCAUCAGCAUGAGACCCAAGGGCACCAUGACCGGUCCUCCAACGACAGAACCCUGUUCACCCGGCAGUCCC